AUGGCCAACCCUAGGCAAACCGUCCAUCAGCAAGCCACCCAAAAUUUCACCGGCCUCGCCUCACCCAUCACCGUUCCACCCAUAGUUAAUGAAAAUUCAUGGCAAAUUCCAUCUUAUGCCAUGCAGGCCAUCACCAAUAGUAUCCAAUUCCAUGGCCGAGAUGAUGAGGAUGCCCCGGCCCACAUUAACCGUUUCUCUAGGAUGCUAGCUACCUUUAGCCUUAGCGGUGCACCCAACGAUGCCACUUACCUACAGCUUUUCCCAUUCUCUUUAGCCGGCCGUGCGGCUACUUGGUUGGAUUCUCAACCAACCGGUACCUUUACCACUUGGGCGGGGCUUCGUCAAGCCUUUUUGAACAAGUAUUUCCCGCCCGCCAAAGCCGCACGUCUUAGGGACCAAAUCCACUCUUUCCGCAUGGGGCCCGACGAGCCUUACUACCUUGCUUGGGAGUGUUUCCAAAACCUUUGUGCUCGUUGCUCCCAGCAUGGUCUCUCUGAUUGGGCUUUAUGUGAGAAAUUCUAUAAUGGUCUUACCCAAGAGACUAGAGAUAGGUUCGAUACCAACGCGGGGGGGCAUAUGAUGGGUAUUCUUACAGUUGCAGAGUGUCUAGAGCGUUUUGAGGCAUUUGCUCAGUCUCAAUCCCAAUCACGAUCCGAUCAGAGGCACCAAAGUGGUAAUUCAAAUACCACUACUAGUGCACCCUCCCAAGGGGUGAACCAUGUCACCAUGGACCCUAGUUUAGCCUCUGUUUUGGAAAACAUCACUCGAGAGCUUAAGGAGAUUAGAGCUAAGGUUGAUAAGUGUGAGUACUGUCGAGGUGGUCACGACACGAGUGCAUGUCCUUUACUAGUUGGUGAGGAGCAAUGUGAUUAUUUAGGAGGAGGGUUUGGUAGAGGUCAGUCUAGCGGGUUGGGUAACAAUAAUCUUGGCUCGGGUUGGCGAAGUAAUAAUAAUAAUAAUAAUUUUAAUAAUAAUAACAAUUUUCGCUCAAAUGGACCUCCUGGUUUUCAAAUAGCUCAAAAUCCAAAUAGAGGUCUAGGUUCGCUUUUCAGUGGGGGUUUAAAUGGGCAAGUUAAGGAUGGGGGGUCAAAUAACCAGGUUCAAACAGGUCAAGGUUCAAGUUUUGAUUUAGGGGGUAGCAUGGAAAGAAUGGAGUCCAUGAUGAGUCAACUGAUUGUUAGGGAUCAAAAUACCCAAAAGAAACUUAGUGAACAUGAUCUUAUGCUUAAGAAUCACCAAGCUGUGGUCCAAGACCUUUCUAGGGUUGUAAGUGAUAUGUCUAGGAAGUUAGAUGAAAGAUUACCAGGUCAGUUUGCAGCUAACACCCAACCUAACCCGAACGCUCAUGUAAAAGCCAUUACCACUCGUAGUGGCAGAACCGUAGGGAACCCGAGCGUAGAAGAGAGAGAGGUCGAUGAGGAUGGAGACAUUAUAGAUGAAGUGAUAGAGAUGGAGGCUCCCGGCAAAGUGCAAAAGAGGCUAAGCCCAGCAAGUACCACACAGCCCGGUGAAUCUCAAAGUGAGAAGAAAGUUGAGAAAAAGCCCAUAGACGUUAGACCUUCACCCUAUGUGAAUCACGCAUAUGUUCCGUUUCCCUCGCGCCUUAAGAAUCAAAAAUACUCGAGGGAAUACGGGCAGUUCUUAGAUAUCUUCAAGCAAUUGAAGAUUAAUCUUCCGUUUAUAGAGGCACUCCAGUCCAUGCCAAAAUAUGCAAAAUUCUUAAAGGACCUUCUUAAGAAUAAAGAGAAUUUAGGUGAGUUGUCUAAUGUCCCAUUGCAUGGAGGGUGUUCGGCCAUCAUUUCAAAUAAGUUGCCCGAAAAGCUUACCGAUCCCGGUGUGUUCACUAUUCCUUGUCUAUUCGGUAGUCACACGAACACUAGAGCCUUAGCCGACCUAGGUGCUAGCAUUAAUUUGAUGCCCUUUUCUCUCUAUGAGAAGCUAGACUUAGGCGAGCUUUCACCUACUCGAAUGACAUUGUCCUUAGCUGAUAGGUCCGUGAAACACCCGAGGGGAAUAGUGGAGAAUUUGCUUGUUAAGGUGGACAAGUUUGUUUUUCCGGCCGAUUUCGUUAUUCUAGACAUGGAAGCCGAUGAAAACAUACCGUUAAUUUUAGGUCGCCCAUUCUUAAACACCGCUAAAGCUCUAAUAGAUGUCUCUUUAGGCACCAUCACACUUAGAGCGGGCGAGGAAUCGGUAGUUUUUGAGGUUAUGAGUUCGAAAGGGCAUACUGACAGAGUGCGUUCGGUUUCGUUAGUGGGGGAGUGUGAGAAAGAUGAGAGAGAUGAGAAGAGGGAUGUUAGUGAUGCGAGUUUAGAGAAAGGGACAGGAUUUAAGUGUGGGGACCCACCGGAUAGAAAGUUAGAGGAAUUAGAGGAGAGAAUGGAGCGUUUAGAAUCUAGGAUUAAGACACUGAGCAAACCUCAGUGUGGGGAUAGAUUUCAACAUGGGGAAUGUGGAUUCAAAACGCUAGACGCGGAAUUGAGAGGUUUUGAAAGAGAUGAGGGUUUUCGGGUUGAUUUGGGCGAUACAUAUAGUGGUGCUACAGCCUGCGAGAGUAUGUUUGGAGGUGAGUUGCAUCUCCAUGAUCCUCCAUAA